UGAUUGUGAUACUGUUACGCAUCUAAAUGAAUCGUCAUAAAAUAUAACCAGCACGGGACCUCUUGCACAAAGGGGAGAUAAUCAUGGUUAGCCCAUGCAUUUUAAACAUGGCGCGGGAUGAAACCAUUUUACAGAUGAGAUUGACGAGAUCGAAGGAUACGUCAAGCCUGUUUGACAAGACAAUAAACAACAGUUGGAUUAAUUAGCCAUCGAUUUUGUAACAGACACUCUUAUGAUGUUCCUACGAGAAUGAAACUGUGCCACAUCCAGACGGAUUGCCCGACAAGAUGUCCGCAGGCGCAGCUAGAGAAGCGAGCAUAGUUAGCUAUGUUGACAACCAGUCCUACACACAGAUGGCUAGCCAUCACUCUGGGGCUUCCAUCUCAUUGGGGUCAACCAAUGGUGGACACCCUUUGAAGAAUGACAUGGUCAUAUCAAUGAUUGGUGAUAAUGUCGGCGUCUGCCAGAACCCAGAAACAGAAUUUCACACAUUACGACUGGAUGAAAAUGGAGUUUUGAACUUUGAUGCCAACUCGUGCCAGAUAGUCCAACAUGGCUGUCCCCCUGAAAAGCAGGUCCCUAAUGGUAUGAGCAAUAUUUGUAACGGCAGUUCCGAGAGUGUUGCUGUCUCACUUAGAAGAGGCCAAGUUUGUGCAGAAAGAUCUGAGAACAUGGCUAGUGACACUGAUUUUCUGUCGUCUGGAAGCAAUUGUUGUGAGGAUAGAAUUUCAGAAAAAUAUGACCAUGGUCCAACGUCAAACACAGCAGGUGAUGUGAGUGGGAAGAACAGGAACGGACAUUUUAAAGUAUGCAGUCAGAGUCAACAGAACGCUGUCAAGGAAAAAGGGAUGCUGGUCAGCCAUACGACUCCAACCAUUGCGCUGGUGCCAGAUAGGGAUAGUAGCAAUACGUUCAUGUUAAAGAUAAAUAAUGGUCCCAUCGUUGUACGUUCAAGACAAAAACAAAAGCGUCGUGAGUAUUCUCUGUACAAUGUUCCAAUGCCUGGGACGUUUAUAUCAACUGUAUCUCAGACCUCGAAACCACCACAGACAAAAGUAGACUGUGUAAAAUCUACCUCAGUGAACCCUACAGCUAGCAGUCGACAUCCAUAUAAUGUCCAAGGAAAAGCAGGAAGUGAAGUUGGCACUAGUUGCCUGAACACAUUCCAAAACAAUGAACUAGCACAAACAAAUACUCAGUGUGGAAGAAGGAUUACACUUCCAAAAAGCAGACUCUCUGUACCGUCGUCUGGUAAUGGAGGUGGUAAUGAUACUACAGACAACAGUGAUUCCCAGUGUCCAGUGUUCGUGAAUUAUGACUUAACACAAAAACAUGGAGAUUGUCAGACUAGAACCUUCUUGUCUGUGUCUCAUCACCAGCAGCCAGUGAGGGAACAUGAAGCUGAUGGAGUGAUCCUAACAGCACCAGCUGAACCCAUACCUUGUGGUGACCACACUGGAAAGGGUAGGCUGCCUCAGAUAGACGUUGCUCCGAGAGUUGAGACAAAGGAAGUACCAUUGCAGGAAGAGGUGCUCAAGCCUUACUGUGACUGUCAGAUGUCUACAUUCACUGAGGACAUGGCUAAAGCAUGUACUAUUUCUUAUCAAGGAUUACCAGUGAGGCUUCCUCAUGUUAGCUCAGUGAUAAUAAGAGAACACCAACUGGCCUCAUUUGCAAGAAAUGGUAAACUUUACGUCAGUGUUUCUGAAUUGAAAUCUAAAAAUAUGAUACACAACUUCACAAGGUUCUCAUCUCUGUUGCGAAGUCAGUCACGUCUGCUUCCCUUAGCUAAAACAGAAGUGGAAUUCCUCAAGCAGAGAGGAAGAGUGAAAGACUCCAAGAAUGCACGGUUAGUGUCACUAGAUCACUUAAGGUGGAUAUACCGAACUCAAGCUGCCCAGCAGCAAGAUGCAUUCAACACUGCAGUCUCUCAGUGUCCUUGGUACAGCUUAGCUCUCGGACAUUCAUGUCCCAAGGUGUCCAAGUUGAACCAGACUCAAGAUUACGUCUGCCCCCUGUGUUUACAAGUGGAACAGAGACCAAUUGAAGCAACAACUCAGAGGUAUGAAUGUGCUUUAUGCUUUCAAGCAAACGGGUCACCAAGUGUACCGCAACCCCAGAUACCCAAGGUCAGCAAUUAUGUGAACAAGACAAAGAACAUGGAGCAGACGUCAUUCAUGGUCAGAGAAGAUGGGAAAAUGCAGAAUGUGAAAGUGGGACAUAUGAAGGUUGCUGAGAAAAAUGUGGCAGCCUUCCGUAAAGGUGACGUGUCAUAUGUUAAUUGUCGGCACCUUUUGGUACAUCUCUACCAGUUUCCAUGGGAGAAUUUUGUAAGCCUUGUCAAAAGUCUGGAUCUGUGCUUCAUGGAGGCUCCAUUGCCGGUGUGUCACUUCUUCCAGAGACGGGCGUACCCUCCGGAACUUGUAAACGGCCAGGUUUGGUGUUCGGUGCAGAACUUGAGAUGUAUUGCUUGUUUUUCAGUGGGCCAGAUGAACAACACACAGUAUCUGGAGAAGAACAAGGUACUUGCGCUGAUUGCCCAGGGAAAAUAUGUGGAGGAGUUUCUGAGUGAUGACAGGGGUGGUGAGACCGAAAAGAUUUUGACAGAACCUAACAGGGCACUUCCUUCAUGUGAAUACCAGGUACACAACAGUCAAGUCAGGACAACCAAUUCAAGUGCAACUCAAGUUAGGGAAACGCCACCAGACCAGAUGGUUGUCAAAAUUGAUGCAACGACGGGUCAAAUACUAGUUUGUAGAGGCAGAGUGAAAAGUGAUGGGAACCUCAAUCUAUGUCAGACUGUGGCUCAAAGUAGGACCAGAACAGAUGACCAGACGGGUUUGAACUUUGAUGCAAAUGGUGGUCAGAUGGUAGUUGGCGGAGGUGGUGUUAUUAAUAGUGGAAACCCAAGUCAGGCUCAAACUUUGGUUCAAAGUAGGACCAGAACAGAUGAGCAGACGGGUUUGAACUUUGAUGCAAAUGGUGGUCAGAGGGUAGUUGGCGGAGGUGGUGUUAUAAAUAGUGGAAACCCAAGUCAGGCUCAAACUUUGGUUCAAAGUAGGACCAGAACAGAUGAGCAGAUGGGUUUGAACUUUGAUGCAAAUGGUGGUCAGAGGGUAGUUGGCGGAGGUGGUGUUAUAAAUAGUGGAAACCUAAGUCAGGCUCAAACUUUGGUUCAAAGGAGAACUGAACAGAUGGGUGUGAACUUGGAUGCUUCUAGUCAGAUAGUGGUUGGUGGAGAUACAACCACUUAUGCAAGACCCUCUAAUUCUGAACUUGGUAUUCAAAGCCGUUCAUUACUGACACGGAGAAACUCGGGAGAAAGGGGACCAGCAGUGCUGGCCAAGACAGUUUUCUGUUGUGAGAUGUCACAGAUUCCUGGCGGUAAUUAUUUUGCAAAGGAGAACAUAAAUUUCACAGAUUAUGAAAGUGAAAGUGGACUUGUGUUUAGAGUCAUGAAACAACCAACUGUUGCACAGAAUAGGGUUGAUAUCCUUAGUAUUGCUGCUGAGGAGAUCAGAGAGGUGGCGUAUACGAGUCCGUAUACCACUGAUUUGGACAAAACUGGGCAAAGUGAUCCAAUUGGUUCAUCUUGUAACCAGAGUUUCCAGGCUUCUUCCUUUGAGCAAUGUUCUAACUUACAACAACUCAUGUCUGAACAAAAAACUCAGCCUCAAGCUGUGCCAGGACUUGAUGUGACAACAAAUGUAACGACUGUGUGCAAGGACGUGAGGACUGUAGAACCAACACUUGUCUCUACUGCUGAUAUGCACGAUAACAAUCGUGUCUCAGAUGGACAGGAAAAUCUUCUCUCCAUGCCUGUCGACUUCUUCCAGGACUCUUUGGGAUCACCAAAGAGAAAACAUUUCUUGUCACCAAGCAAGAUGGGUCAUGUGACCAAACCUGGUGGUGAGGUGAUCAUGGUCCAGAGUGAGAGUGGGGAACGUUAUGAAUGUACUGCAUUGUGUCUGAUUGAUGAGCUGAAGGACUGUAUGUUGGUGGUAUCGCCUGUCAAGGAAAAGAAAGAGAACCAGAACGUAACUCCGCCAUGUGGAGUUAAUCUGAUGGACUCCCUGAAAACCAUCAGCCCUUAUUCAGCAUGUUCUGAAAAGAGUGUUGACUCUGGUAUAUCGGAAGGGAGAUCUGAAUUGUGUCCUCCUGUAGAAAGAGGCUCACCAAUCUCUUUAAAUCAGAGCCAAAAAGGUUUAACUGUUUCUCAAGUGGAUAGUUUAACUAAUGCUGAACAGUCAGGAAGUGGAAACCAUUCUCAAGCUUGCUCUGUUGAGAGUGCUAAAAACAUAGAAUCCACGACAGAGCAGACGGUUGGAGUGACACCAUUGGUUGAUGAAGCCGACAGAACAGAGCAGACGUCUGGAGUGACACCAUUGGUUGAUGAAGCUGACAACACAGAGCCGACGUCUGGAGUGACACCAUUAGAUGAUGAAGCCGACAGAACAGAGCAGACGUCUGGAGUGACACCAUUAGUUGAUGAAGCCAAGACGUCUGGAGUAACACCAUUAGUUGAUGAAGCUGACAACACAGAGCAGACGUCUGGAGUGACACCAUUAGGUGAUGAAGCCGACAGAACAGAGCAGACGUCUGGAGUGACACCAUUAGAUGAUGAAGCCGAGACGUCUGGAGUGACACCAUUAGAUGAUGAAGGCGACAGAACAGAGCAGACUUCUGGAGUGACACCAUUAGAUGAUGAAGGCGACAGAACAGAGCAGACUUCUGGAGUGACACCAUUAGAUGAUGAAGCCGACAGAACAGAGCAGACGUCUGGAGUGACACCAUUAGAUGAUGAAGCCAAGACGUCUGGAGUGACACCAUUAGAUGAUGAAGGCGACAGAACAGAGCAGACGUCUGGAGUAACACCAUUAGAUGAUGAAGCCGACAGAACAGAGCAGACGUCUGGAAUGACACCAUUAGAUGAUGAAGCCGAGACGUCUGGAGUGACACCAUUAGAUGAUGAAGGCGACAGAACAGAGCAGAUGUCUGGAGUGACACCAUUAGAUGAUGAAACCGAGAUGUCUGGAGUGACACCAUUAGUUGAUGAAGCUGACAACACAGAGCAGACGUCUGGAGUGACACCAUUAGAUGAUGAAGCCGACAGAACAGAGCAGACGUCUGGAGUGACACCAUUAGAUGAUGAAGCCGAGACGUCUGGAGUGACACCAUUAGAUGAUGAAGGCGACAGAACAGAGCAGACGUCUGGAAUGACACCAUUAGUUGAUGAAGGCGACAAAACAGAGCAGACGUCUGGAAUGACACCAUUAGAUGAUGAAGCCGACAGAACAGAUACUUCUGGAGUUGGAUUAGAGCAGGUUAUAUGCUUUAAUAUGUCUCAGUCCAGUGAAACAAAUGAAGCAGAACCAUCUAAUACAUCCCUUACAAAAUCACUUGACACUCCAUUUUCUUCACCAACAAGGCUGUCAAUAACCUCUCCAAGUGUGAUAAGUCCAGUUAUCACCAAUAUCUACAAGAAACUUGUAACUCAUGGUCAUUUGGACAAGUCAAACUCCCCCAGUUCCUUGUCAGUGCUGGCCAGCGUUGCUGAAGCUAUUGAUGACGAUGUUGGUGGUGAGGAAGAUGGAACUGAAGGUGAUAGCUGCAAGGUUCGACCAGUGACUGGUGACAAUCAGCCCUGCAAUGAUUCAGGAUCAGUUGUGCCUGGAGAUGACUCCAGUACGGAUGGAGGAUCGAACGUUUCUGAAGAGGCCACUGGUGCUGAUACAGAAGAAGAUUCUUCACCAUUGUUGAUGGAAACACAGAGUAACAGUGCUGAAGACGACGCCAUUGAUUCUGAUAUGGAAGUAGAGGCUUCACGAUUGUUGCAGGCAACACAGAGUAACAGUGACACCUCAGCUGAAGGUGAGGACUCUGGUGGUGAUACAGAAGAAGACUCACUAUUGUUGCAGGCAACACAGAGUAACAGUGACACCUCAGCUGAAGGUGAGGCCUCUGGUGGUGAUACAGAAGACUCACGAUUGUUGCAGGCAACACAGAUUAACAGUGACACCUCAGCUGAAGGUGAGGCCUCUGGUGGUGAUACAGAAGAAGACUCACCAUUGUUGCAGGCAACACAGAAUACCAGUAACACCCCUGCUGAAGGCGAGGCCAUGGGUUCUGACACAUUUGAGUCAGUCGGUUCAGGAGGCUCUCAAUCAUCAUCUGAUUCACAAGAUGAUAAUGACUCGACCAAUGGAGGCUGUAAGCCUACAGUUCUGCAAGACCCUGGAGAAUAUAACCACCCAGCUAUGUGUGUUCAGGGUGAUAAAUUGGCAAAGCGCCAUUCUGAAAAGAGCUCAAACUCUAACUUUCAUAACACUUGUGGCCAUAGUGAAAGAUUGUCUGCUUCUGAUACAGAUUAUUCAAGCUCUAGUGGUCUGCCCCAUGGAGGAGAGGACGGGUUACCUGGAACAUCUAACAAUAGUAUUGAGAAGGAGAUUGAAAUCUUUGCAGAGCUUGACUUGCAGCUGCAAACUUUCAUUCAGAAUCAAAAUGGGAGGAAGUUUUCAGCUGCAUCAGAGAAACAACCAAAGCGUUCAGAAGAUUUGAAUAAAUGUGUGGCUCAAAAGGACAAUACCAAAAUGCAAAUGGUAAAAGUUCUUGAAAGAAGUCCUCCUCUGCGUCAUCACAAGCCUGGGAAAAGAAAUCCUCUGCGUCAUCAUAAGCCUGGGAAAAGAAAUCCUCUGUGCCAAGAGACUGAGGUCAAGGCAGCUGAAUCAGCUGGAAGGUCAAACGCAAAAGUAAAGGAUGACUUGGAGAUAGUGACAAAUGAAUCUUGCCAUCAACAUCAAACUUCAGAGAGAAUCAAGGAAACUGACCCUGGAAUCAGUUUCCUCGUCGAGGAUGAGACUAAGGGCACAGAUCUGUGCAAUGGGGGCAGUGUGGAACCUGAUGAAGCUGUAGAGAGGAAAACAAAGAAGAGAAAAAGAAGUCAAUCUGUUCACAAAGGGGUUAAAAGAAAGAAAGAAGAGACGGAACAUGUGAUUAAAGGACUCAGUGCUACAUCUAAUCAUCCAAGCUCUAAGAGUAAGAAUAUACUGAGAAUUGCUGAGACUCCAACGUUUUCAGAAGGUGAUGAAAGUCAACAGAUAGCUGUGGAGGCAGCAGUAUUUUCAGAAAAUACUGCAAAUGAAUUUGUUGCCGCUAAAUCUCCGAAGUUUUCAGAUGAUGAAAAGGAUCAUACUUCUGCUGAAACUCUGAAUUCUUCAGAGUAUGCUACAAAGGAAGAUAUUGAAGGUGAGAGGAGUAGAGAGGCUGGAGAGGAGGGACUGACGGACCAUGCUGUGGAGAAGAUGAAGCGUGUCCUGGAGAUGGUCCAGGUGGACGAACUGGUGGUCGCUCCUGACAGACUCAGGUUCAACCUGAACCUCCAACCAUCUCUCCACAAACAUUUCAAGGGUGAAACGCAGAAGAAGCUGGUUGACAAGUUGAGUCGGUUGGUCAAGAUUGGUUACAUUCUGCAGCAGAGGAGACAAAAAGCAGAUGGAGAAGAGCAGACGUCAACUCCUGUGGAGUCCUAGCUGUUCUGGAGCAAUGAGAGUAUGAUGCACAUUGGGAGCAGUACAGAUGUGCAUUACAUUAGAAGAGACUUCAACUGAAUGUUUGAUUUCAAAUCUGGAACUGUAAGCCAUUGGAAGCAUGUUGCGGUGUUGAUGUCAUCUGAAACAAUCUCGCCCUUCAGACCAUUCCUGUAACAUCAGUGAUGUACCUUUGGCUAGUGUCUGUUCUGUCUUUUAUUUCUGUCCUGCCAAUGAAACAGGAUUGAACUGUGAGCCAUUGACAAUAUGGUUUUCAUCAUCUGUGAUAAAUUAAGUGAAUUUAGUCCAUUCCUCAGAGAUGAGCAUGGGGCUAUCAGACAGUUGCUAUGACGAUUCCUGGAUAAGAGACUGACAAGCACAUGGUGCUAUCAGACAGUUGCUAUGACGAUUCCUGGAUAAGAGACUGACAAGUGCACUGUGUAACAUGAUGUUGAACAAUGCUCUGAGCAUGCUAAGAGUGAAAUUGGUCAUAUUGUUUGACCAAUAAAAAUUCAUCAUGAAUUUCUAGGACUGCAAUGAACAGCAAUCCUAUUAAGAUAUUUGUGUGUCUUAUUAUAUAUUCUAAGUCAUAUGAACAGAGCCAUAAUCUAAUCAGCAUUGUUAUUUUAUUGUUUGUAAUGCAGUCUUGCGUGUCAUGGCUGUAGGUAGUACCCAUUAUGUUUACAGGUUAAUAUUUGUUGAAUUAUACCCAACUGAGCACAUAUCCUAAGCACAUACCCUGAGCACAUAUUCUAAGGGACUGUCUUGCAUUGAUACUUAGUUUGACAUGUUCUCACUUCUUGUGCCAAAUGCUGUAGAAUGAAGUAUUAUUGUGUAGUUGCAAGAUCAACAAUAGUAGAACGUGUUACCCAAGCACGAGGAUUCAUUACUCAGGAUGUAAUGCAUGCAUGGAUAUGACCUGCAUAUGGCCAUAUGUAACAAUCAAUAAACCAUUUUCACAUGUU